CUUAGCUCCUUUAUGAAGUCUACCUGUUUAAUUCUGUUUUUAAGUGGCCUUUUAUCUCAUGCCAUUGCUUCACCAAAGCCAUUCUAUGGUCUCAAUUAUGGGAUCAACAGGAAUGAUUGCCCCAAUUUAGAAACUGUCCGCUCAGACUUUCGAGCUCUCUCCAAGUACACAAAUACCAUCCGUAUCUAUUCAUUAAAAGACUGUAAUAUGGGACAAACAGCUCUUCAGGCAGCUCAAGAAAACAAUUUGCGCUUAUAUCUGGGAAUGUGGGUUGACAAGACUGAUUCGUUUGAUCUCGAAUAUGUAGCACUCAAUCGCCUGGUAUCCUCAUCACAAAAUCUAAACAGUGUAGAGGCAAUUAUUGUAGGCUCUGAAGUACUCUAUAGAAAUGACUCAAGUUCUGAGGAACUUUCUAAGCAAAUCAAAAAGGUAAAGACACUUGUCAAGCCAAAAGGAAUCAAAGUUACUACCUCUGAGGUAUAUUAUAAAUUCACUCCUGCUGUUGUCGAUACGAUAGAUUUUCUCAUGAUGAAUGCAUUUAUAUACUGGGAAGGAGAACAAAUCGAGGGUGCCGCUAACAAACUAUACGAGCAUUUUAUUAGUGCCAAAGAACUCUCGAAAGGAAAAACAGUGCGAAUCUCAGAGACUGGUUGGCCGGAAAAAGGUGACACCUUUAAGAAUUCUAUUCCUAGUCCUGAAAAUCAAAAGACUUUCCUUUUGACAACUCUAUGCAAAGCAAAGCAGUACAAUAUGGAUAUCAUUUGGUUUUCUGCUAUAGAUGAGCCGUAUAAAUCAGGCGUUGAAAGCCAUUUUGGACUCUUGAACUUGAACCGACAACUAAAGAGUUUUUUAAAUUUUAAUCAAUUAAUGAAUCCUUGUUAAUUUGAAAGUAUGCAUUCAUAGACUAGGCAUUAAAGUCCUUUUUUAAUUAAUGACUCCUUUGUGUUUUGUUGUUGUUGUUGUGAUGAUGAUAAAAAUUGCAUGUAUUGAUCUUCUUGUUCUCUCGAUUUGAAAGCAACAUUGACACUCCUUUCCUUUGCCAGUGUACAGAGAAAGAUGAGAUAACUUCAAGUAAUAUCUUUUUUCUCUCUCUCUCUCUUAAUGUCUCUACUAAGCGAUUGUUACCAAGAGGAUACUUAGUAUGACCAAAAAUGUUUGACA